AUGAUGGGUUGCACUCAUCGACCAGAUAAACCAUCACGAAUUCGAGAACAUAUUCGACGACAUACACAAGAAAAAACAAUAGCUUGUCCACGUUGUGGUUCAUUAUUUUCAUGUGGAGUUAAGUUUAUUGAACAUUGUCAAUUAUCAAUUGAAGUUUCACCAAAUUUUCAAUGUGAAAAAUGUGCACAACAAUUUCAAUCAAAAUCUCUUCUUCAAAAACAUCUAAAUAAACAUGCAACAAAACAUGCAUGUCCAUAUUGUACACAAAUAUUUUCAACUCCAUCAGGUGUAAAACGACAUAUUAUUUAUCGACAUACAGAUAUAAAAUAUUUUCAAUGUCCUGAUUGUUCACUUUCUUUUAAAUGUGCAAAUAGUCUUACAGUACAUCGUCGUCGUUUGCAUCUAUUACCAUUACUUGAUAAAAUUAAUGAUGAUGAUGAUAAAGAACAACCUACUGAUUCGAAUGAUAAACAAAAACCUCAAUAUAAAUAUGCUUGUCAUUUAUGUGAACGAUGUUUUUCACGUGGAAAAAAAUUGACUGGACAUUUACUUAAAGUACAUCAACUUGGUAAAGCUAUGGGAUGUACUAGAUUAAGUUAUACAAUGCGAAAAGAUGGUUUUUUUCGUGUACAAAGUGAACUUGUUCCUAUAUCAUUAUCAUCGGAAUUUUCUCUACAACAACAACAACAACAACAACAACAACAAAGUUUACCAUCGACAUCUCAACAUCUUCCACAAACGACAUGUGCAUCAUUUCUAAUCAAUCGUUUAUUAAAUGAUCGUGAAGAUGGAAAUCAACAUCCACCAUUUAGUCCUGAAUUUGAACUUGAUAAUUGGAAUGAUAAUGAAACUGAAUAUACUGAUCGUGGUGAUGAUGAUGAUGAUGGUGGUGGUGGUGGUGACGAUGAUGAUGAUUAUGAUGAUAAUGAUAAUGAUGAUGAUGAUAUUACAGAUUAUGUUGAUUUAUGCUCAAAAAGAGCAAUAUAUACAUCAGAUAUUUUAUAA